AUGUUCCUUUUAUUCCAAAGGAUACUUAACGAGGAUACACAACUAACAAAUAUGUUAGACAGCUGUUUGGUCUUUUUGGCACACAACAGAUCACCUUGUGUGUCACAUAUACUCAAACGUGUUGGUAAAGAUCCACGUCCCCCGAGUGGUGCCCAUGUCUUGAUUCUGACACAAGUUGGUGUUACCAAAGACCAAGUCAGUGCUGCGUGGUUGUCAGGUAUAUGAUGUUGUUGGUGCAUGCCCCCAUGUUUCGUUAGAGGAAAGUGAUCAGCCUUGAUACAUUAAUAGUCCAAUUUUCUUAUCACUAGGUGAUAAAUUGAAAGCAGAGGAGGUAAUCAGAAACACCACAGUGAACCUCCACCAUGUAAAGGCCAUCUCUCUACAAAGGUAUACCAACAGUAAACUUCAUAUAUUCUAUACUUUCUUCUGUGUAACUUGUUAA